AUGGGGAGUCAAGAAGUCGACGGUCUCCAAGCGGUAAGACAGUGCAAGGUUUUUUUCUUUGUCAGUAUUAUUAUUUUUUUUAGUUUGAGAUGAAGUUUUCCAGCACGUGCUCUCUGUUUUGUCGCGCUCUGAUGCGUGUAUCCGAGUGCUGUCUGCUGAAUACUUUGUUGUAAGACCUAAUCUUUCCCGUUCAAAAAUAAGACAUUGGUGUUAACGCAUUGUCGAUCGAAUAGUAUGUACAGUGCAUGUAGCAAUAAUUUUCCCCAUCUUUGUUUCAGUUUCUUCAGCCACAUUCAACUUUCUCUAGCGUCGGUAAAAAUAUAUUUCAUGCAUCUUUUGUGUUGACGCAAUCAUUUGAAAUUAAUUAUGAGAGAAAAUAGCUUUCUUUUGCCAGCUGAGUAAACUUCACAUUCACAUGAUGUAUACUCGAUAUCAGUUGCCAAACUCUUUUAACAUCUUACGGCAUAGAUAAACCAAAACAUCUUGUUGGGUUGUGGUGGUUGUUUGUUUUUUUUUUUUGUUAUCAAAAUCCUGAAUAAAGGUCAGUUAAAAAUACCUUUACUCAUUUUUUAGUGAAAUUAAAAAGAUAAAUAUCUUCCCGUUAAAGCCAAUUGUAGAGACAUGAUUGAUUGAUUCGUUAUCAAAAGAGACAUAGAAAUUAAUGUGGCUACGAAGUAUAGACAUUACAAACAGUUUAUUAUGUAAAUAGUGCAGUUUGUUUAGGACUCUGUUCGCAAAUGUAACAGAACUAUAACUCGCCUCAGAUCAUCAGGCAAAUUCAAGAGGGAAUCUAACCACGAACUGAAAAUUUUAUUGUACAAGGGAGUAUUUUGUUCUUCUCACAGACGUUUUUAACCAGACGAGCUUUUUUUUUUUUCCUUGUAAUGAGCUUGAAAACCCAUAAUGAUGUUGCUCCUACGACAAGGUGUCAAGGAAGAAAUUAUUAUGCCCAAAAAGAAAUGACAAUAUGAACCAAUUGAAAAAACCGAGGAAAACCCUAAGAAAAAUGAAAGCUGGAAAGCUUUUUAGGAUAUGUGAAGAGGCGGGCAGUGUUUUGUGAGAGAUGUCUCUAAUUUGGGGUUAAACUUUUAUGGGCAAAAUAUUGAAGUAAUUACCUGCAAUUUUAUUUCCUUUUGUCUGUUUAUGGGUCGGUCUUUCCACCAGGUGUUUUUUUCCUCAGUUCAUUUCGUCUUCUUUCUGUCCAACUGUCGGUCUGUUCGUGUUAAAAUCAAUCAGUCAGUGUUUCAGUCAUCCUUUUGAACUCGUUUUUUCAUUCUUUCGUUCGCUCGGUCAGUCGAUCCAUUCGUUCUUCUAUCAACUGAUCAGUCUGUCUGACUGUCCGCAGUCAAUCAGUCCGUCAAUAAGUUAGUCAUUCAAUCAAGACUGUUCAUCUGCCAGUAAGGCAGUCGGUCGUUCAAUCCGUUUGAACUCUUUCAUUUUGUCGAUCGAUCCGUCCGUCGGUCCAUCGAUUAGUCACUCAAUCAGUUAGUCUAACUGUCUUUCUGUCUUUUUGUAUGUCAGUAUGUCUGUCAGAUUAAGUCUUUGUAUAGCAUUGCCUUAGAGAUCAACUAAUCUCACUUAAGCUGAAUCGGAGUUAAAGCCCAACUUGCAGGCAAUAUGAUUAUAAUAUGGCGAGGUAUUUUAUUUUGUUUGCCCUUUUUUUGUUUUUAUCAUGAUUGUGUCAAAAUAAUUCUUUUUUAGCUUUGUGUAAGCCUGGAAGGUUUGUGAAGAACUCACUCUGCGUGUCGUGGUGUGGUUCUGGUUACUAUGGCGACGACGAGAGUGGGAAAUGCGAAAAGUGCGAUGCCAGUUGUAGAACAUGUAUCGACGGAGCAAAAAAAUGUACGAGCUGUUAUCCACCGCUAUACAUCAAAGGUGAAGUAGCUAUGAACUUUAAUGAACUGUAAUAAAGGUUGAUGAGUUCUUACGCGGUUAAUUUUUACCAUUGACUCUUAGGAUCUUAGAGUGUCCUUUUUAUUGUUGAAAUUAAUUUGGUAACACAGUAAAUGGGCUGUUCUGGUGCAGCGCCAGAAUUUUAAUAAGUUUAGUGCUCCCUGUUAUAAUUGGAAAGUCACGUUUUUUUCCUCUCACGCAAGACUGAUGGAAUAGUUAAUUUUUGCUAACAACUUAAAGUUCAAGGCGAACAAAGAGUAAAAUCGUUGCAUUCAUUUUUUGAAACUUAACAUAACUGUUAUAAAAUUGCUGGUAAGAAGCGCAGCUUCCUAUUUACCUGAGACCGGGUCGGAGGUUAAACCCACUUUUUUCGUGACGUGACGUUUGAUAUAAUUUCUUCCCGUUAAGGAACUUUAUGUGUGCCGUCUUGUGGUGACCAAGUUGCUAAAGGACCUCCAGAUCGCCAAAUAAGGCUUGUUGGGGGAAAUAGUCAUUUUGAAGGCCGAGUAGAGGUAUUCUAUGACAACCGUUGGGGUACAAUUUGUGAUGAUUCAUGGGAUAUCAACGAUGCUAAAGUUGUCUGUAGAGAGCUGUUGCUAGGUGACGCUCAUGUGGCGGUCACAUUUGGAAGACUGGGAAAAGGUUCAAGCAAGCAGCCCAUCUGGCUUUCAAAGGUUAGGUAUCCUGUGGGGUCCUCACAGCGGUUAUGUAUCUUGUAAAUCUAUUAUCAUAAUAUUAUGACUGUAGAGGACUUCCCUUUUUGACUCCACAUAACUUAACGCGAGACUAAAAAAUGAAAUUAAACCUUACUUCGAAAAUACAACUGUACAUAAAACCCAACUGAUGAUUGUUUGUCUUUGUUAUUGGCAUGGAUUGACAAACUGCACAGGUUAUAAUUCCCGUGAGAAGCUUUUACUUGCGUCACUUUACUUAUUGAUAUACAGAAGCCUGAGAAUCACAUAAAGUAGAGUCGAACACAAAAAAGUUGUUCAUCCUUUAUGGAUGACAACGAAGGUGAUAAGUUCUCAAACACAGCAGCUGACGUCAUCAUUCACUACACUAAGGCCGAUUGUUAAAUUUUUUUUUUAGUCGUAAAAACGUUUUCUCUCGUUUAUUGUGAAGACUUCACUUUAUUUAAAUGAAAUCUCCUUCAGUGUUGUCUCUCAAGGAUAGAUGUUAUAUUUUACGCUCUUUUAUGAUCCCUUCCAGGUCAAUUGCCUUGGUAAUGAGACGCGACUGCACAAUUGUCCGCAUCCCGGGUGGGGCGAGCAUUCUUGUGGUCACUUUGAAGAUGCAGGGGUUCGCUGCGCGGGGCCUGAUACUACACGGGAAUGCACAGACCAGUGUGGAGACGGGUACUUUAAAAUGAGGCUUCAAAAUAAAUGCGGAGUGUGCAUGGCUUCUUGUUUAACUUGUGCCAAAUCUGCAAGCAAUUGUACAUCUUGUGAUAAACCCCACUUCUUGAAAGGUAAAGAAUCUCUGGAGAAAAAAAAAUUCGAGCGGCUAGCAUUGCAAAGCUAAAAAUAAAGCGAUGUUUUUGUUGGUGAAAUGACACGUUUUGGCAUCAGGUGAAAACCUUCAAAUGUGACGGCGACUAAUAAGAAGUUGAUUGAGAGAAGAUGAAUUUACCCCAGGUACCUUAAUUCUAGAAUUUUAUCCUUUGAAUUGGACAAGCUGAUAACUCGCUUCCUUGAUGAAAACGUCAGUUUUCAAGGAAUCUACCAAUCAGAUAAGAUUAUUAUCAACCAAGCGUUUCAGUUACUGUAAAUGCAGCACUACGUAAGAAACUUGUAACUUUACCUCAAGAGAAUUUUCGACCAGAACACAUAAAACGAUCAUUUUUAUCUUCGUUUUAGGGAACACUUGUACAACAUAUUGUGGAGAUGGUUUCUAUGGAGAUCCCGCAGACCGAAAGUGCAAAUUAUGCAGUUCCAAUUGCCGCACAUGCGCCGAUGGAACUUAUCCUGACGUUUGCAAAAGCGAAGGUGCAACGCCUCACGACGUUUGCACUAGUUGUCAUGACGACCGAUACCUUAAUGGAACUGACUGCGUAGGAAGUUGUGCAGAGCUCCACGUUGGGCAAAAGCGGCGAGUGCGUUUGGCGGGAAAGAGACCGACUGACCUAGAAGGUCGUGUCGAAGUAUACCGUGCGGAAGCCUGGGUAACGAUAUGUGACCAGACUUUUGAUUUCAGAGAGGCGACUGUUAUUUGUCGCGAGCUCGGUCUGGGUCCGGCCCUAAAAGCUGUGAAGAGAUCAGCAUAUGGUCGUGGAUAUGGACGAAUAUGGACGGACAUUCUUAACUGCACUGGACGAGAAAGCACGAUUUUUGAUUGUCCGUUAGUCAAGCGAAGUUUUAGUUCUCGUUGUUACCAUAGCAAUGAUGUCGGAGUGCAGUGUGCAGGGCCUAUUGGAAAGCAUCUCACAAAUCGGUGCCAAAAAACGUGUGAUGCGGGUUGGUUCAAAAAUGACGUGGAUGUUUGCACAAUGUGUGCAGCUCAAUGCUUGGAAUGCAUAGGUACAAAUGUGCGCUGCACCAAGUGUGCAGCACCCAAAUUUUUGAAAGAUAAUACUUGUGUAGAUAAGUGUGGCGAUGAUGAGUUCGGAUAUACACCGAAACGUGAGUGCCGAAAGUGUAACACUGAUAUCUGUGUCACGUGUAGUGAUGGAUCUGAUGACAAGAACUGUACCUCUUGCAAAGAGCCAAAAGCGCUCAAAAAUGGCAAGUGUGAAGACGAUUGUGGACCAAAUAUGUACAAGAAGAGUGGUCGCUGCGUUGAGGAUUGUGGGAUUUCCAUGUUCAAAAAUCCAAGUAAUUAUUCGUGUCUCCCUUGCCCCAGUGACUGCAUCACUUGUGAAUUCCGGUCAGGUAAAGCUAUUUGCACAAUCUGUCACCCUCCACUUGUUCUCGACGAGGUAAGGGGAGCAUGCCUGCAUAACUGCACCUCAGGGAUCGCUGUACCUUCCGUCAAUUUCACGUUGAAAACCACACCAACAGUUAGGCUGUCCAACGGCAGAGAUUACUUAGAGGGUCUGUUGGAAGUUUAUCACAUGGGCGUAUGGGGAACUGUUUGUGAUGAUGGUUGGGACGUGUCUGAGUCGACUGUCAUCUGCAGAGAGUUGUAUCUUGGAGGCGUCGACACCUCUGUGUCUCUAGGCCAUAUUCCGAAGGGAACAGGUAAGAUGUGGCUGGACGAUGUCUUCUGUAUUGGAAAGGAGAAAUCAUUAAAUGAUUGUCGCCAUCGUCCGUGGGGACAAACAAACUGUCAACACAAAGAGGACACCGUCUUGCGCUGCAAGGGUCCAGGAGUGCGUACGUGCAAAGGCAGUUGCCCAGAUGGCUUCUAUCCGAUGGGAAGCGAGUGCUUGCAGUGCAAUGCCUCGUGCAAAACGUGCAACGAGACUGCUGAUAAGUGUCUCACCUGUGCACCGGGUUUCUUCAAAAAGAACGACUCCUGCGUGAAGGAUUGUGGCCUUGGUUAUUACCUGGACAGUUUUUGUAAAAAGUGCAGCAUAAAUUGUGCCGACUGCCAAGGAAAAGCAGAUAACUGUAUUUCUUGUGCACCCCCAUUGUUUAGGAAGGGAUCAUCUUGUGUUAAAAAUUGCACCAAUGGCUUUAAGCCCUCCUCAGUGCCUCUGAUCCGCCUUGUUGGUGGCAACACACCGUUGGAGGGCACAAUUGAGGUAAGGCCGCUAACAUUCCGCCAGGUUUAACCAUCAUUUUAAGUACUCAGUCAUGUCGUAAGGAAUUUUUUACAUGUUAGCUGCUGUGUUUUGUUCCCCUUUGAUCUUUGAUCUUUUCUCCGUAUGCUGAAAAAUGUCUGAAGAACAGUAAACAUGAUAGUCUAUGUCAAUGAUAUUAUCUAUCUAUUUUCUGAAGCUUGCAGUUUGCUCGAGCUUCGGUGUGGAAAACCUCUGUCCGAAGCAGAUUGUCUAUUGGAAACAAUGCAAGAACUAUGGGGGGGCGGGGGGCGGCGGAGUUACUGUUUUUGUUGUUGGUGUUGAUUUUUAUUUUAACUCGUGUGCGUGGUUUUCGUAACAGAUCCUUCAUGAUGGGAAAUACGGUACAGUGUGUGAUGACGCCUGGGACAUUCAGAAUGCUCACGUUGUGUGUAGGAUGUUAAACAUGGGAAAUGCUUCUCGAUCGGUCGAACGAGCUGGAUUUGGAGCAGGGAAAGGCCGCAUAUGGUUGGAUGAAGUUCAGUGCUUUGGUAAGUUAUCCUCUUCUAUUGAAUUUCUUUUUAAUGGCCAUCAUUUCCGGUGCCCAGGUCCUAAAUCAAGACGUGCAAGUCUCUCUUUCUCUUUGUUUGGUGAACCCUGUUAGUUAUGAGUUAGCUCUCGAUCCUUUGAUCCUGUUUCAGGGAAUGAGUCAUCGUUACUUGCUUGCAAGCAUCUCGGCUGGGGACAGGAAAAUUGUGACCACAGCGAAGACGCUGGUGUUGUCUGUAAGGGUCCUGAUCACUCACGUGAUUGCUUAGAUAACUGCUCCUCAGGGUAUUUCAUAAACCCUCUGGAUAAAAGUUGCGGUCGAUGUAGUCCGAAUUGCAAGGAAUGCUUUGGAACGCCAGAAAACUGCUCGCGCUGCGAUGAGGACAAGUUCCUUAAUAGAACUGGAAACUUGAGUUCCUGUGUCUCUGAUUGUAAAAGGGGACAAUUUGGAGACCCCUUUACUAGAAUCUGUCGCGACUGCUUGCCUGCCUGUUCGGACUGCAUUGGAGAGCCGAACAAAUGCACAGAAUGCCCAGUCGGGAAACAUCUCUUGGAAAAUUCAUGUGUGGAGAAUUGCACACGGCUGGCAAAUAAAAUUGUCAGCGGUGUCCCAAACAUAAGACUUGUAGGUGUCAACUCCUCAACAGAAGGGCGCGUAGAAUUGUUCUAUCAAGGAGAAUGGGGAACAAUAUGUGAUGAUAACUUCGACUUAAAAGAAGCUAUGGUGAUAUGUCGACAGCUCAAAUUGGGAAAAGCCAUUGCCGCCUACCACUCUGCAAAAUACGGACAGGGGACCGGGAAAAUAUUAAUGGAUGAUAUACAGUGCACUGGGAACGAACGGAAACUUCAAGAUUGUCCUUUUGACACUGGUAGGUUGAAUCAGUUUGCACAGAUGAACAAGAGAACUCGAGAACAAUGUCAUUACUCUAAUAGUCGGUUGAAUAUCAGCCGCCAUGGAAGAGUAUGAACAGCUGACGGUUUAUUUGUAGUUCUGCUAAUUUGUAAUUUACGUCUAAUUGAGUAAUUCGAUUGAUGUUUAUUUGAAGGCGUUAAAAAUAAGCGAAAUGUUUCACUCGCCUUCCGACUCAACCAAACUUCACGGUGCAUAUAUCCACCGGAGAAAUAUCAAUAAGUCGAUCAAAUGAAAUAUUUGAAUGAUAACACGCGUUGGAUCAGCAUACCUCCAAGGAUAAAGUAUUUUCCUGUUUCAUCUGCAAACAAUUAGUUUUCAUAAGAGUCCCAUCCAAUGGACGUUAACCUCAACUUUGUCUGCCCCUUCCCCCUCACCUGGCGGGUCUCCAACAAAAUGGAUCUUGCCGUGAUUAUCAUAAUAGUCCAGUACUUUUGUAACAGUGCUUGUUGUAGUAAACACGCCGCCAAAACUGUUUUCAGGUGGAUUUGGGUCUCACAACUGUUAUCACAGCGAAGACGCCGGAGUGAAAUGCUCCGGUCCUGAUCUGUCUACAAGGUGUGUAUCCAAUUGUGAACCAGGUUUCUAUGAUGACAAAAACACAUGCAAACGCUGUCUUCCACAGUGUAAAGAGUGUCUUGGUAAGGCAGGGCGGUGCUCCAGCUGUAACCCGCCAUAUUUCCUGGAGUUUUCUGAUUGCGUGAAGGAAUGUCCGUUUAGUAAAUUUGGCAACACAAAGAAUCGGAAGUGUGAGCCGUGCGACAAACAGUGUCAGUCGUGCUACGAUGGCGAAACCAAAAACUUGUGCAAGUCUUGCCGUCAGGGGCUUUUCUUGAGUAAGUAUUGAAACCGUUAAUAAUAUCACUGUUUUUCAUAACAAGAAAAACGCGGAGCCGAGGGCUCCAUUAGUCUUGAUGAACGAAAAGAAAAGAAAAACAAAAAGCUGCUGGAGGAUUUAAGUUAGGGAUAGAGAGAGAAUCCCUAUAGGGGGUUAAACUGAUUUUCUUAUCGAAUGUAAAGAAGCUGUUUACGGGCAACGGACCUCUUUCCUUCACACAGAGUCGUCUUAUUAACUCUAUGUUCACGAAAAUAAUGUUCCCAUUUUCGUCAGAGGGAAUGCAAUGCGUGGAGGAUUGUCGUGAAAUGAAACCCGUGUCUUCCCUGUUUCCGCCAAAGCUGAAAAAACCUUUGGUUCGUUUGGUGGAUGGCAGUAGUAAACAAGAGGGAAGAGUUGAAGUUUUUUACGCCGGCAUGUGGGGAACAGUUUGCGAUGAUGACUGGGACCUCAAAGAGGCGUCCAUUGUUUGCAAAGAACUCGGCUUUGGAAAAGCGAAAGAGGCUCCCAAGCACUCGAAAUUCGGGCAAGGUGAGUAGAAGAUUCAGCAAGACUCUUUUGAUCAAUGUGGAACAUGACAUCAAGUUGGUAGGGGGGUUUUUGCCCUGUCCGAACUACGAAGUCAAUUACGACCCACGCCCUUCUUUUGGAUUGUUUACAGCCUAGGUAAACCCUUUGCUGGAGGAAAAUCAAAGUGCUCUAUGAGCAAACUCGUGAAUUGACACAUGAUUUUUUGGAUUAUGUUUAAUGUUAUCUGGUUUAGGGAAUUUUGUGGUUGAUUGUCGUAUCUAGAGUACAAGCAGUAGUUCAGUGUUCGCUAAUGUAGCAAAAAAACAAAGUAAUUGAAAUUGAAAUGAUCAUGCUAUUACAUUUGACAAGGGUGGAUGAUGUCAUGUGUUUUAAACGUAUAUCAUUUUUGUUACUGGUUCUAAAGAAAAGGUUGGAAGUAAAUGUGGGUGAAAAGUGAAAUUUACUGUCUAUCAUUGUAAAAAUUAGAAAAUCAAGGCAAUACUGUCGUAAUGAAAACAUUAACGAUUCCCUCUUUAUCAAAUGAGACAGACGAGAACGAGUUUUGAGUGAUAUAACUAAGCCAAGACUGCCACCGUCAUUUUGGAUCUCCGCCUGGGUAGAUUUUUGUCACGUGCUAGGCAACGUAUAAUCAAUAACAAGAUAGAAUUUCAUUUCAGGCCUAUUUAUCAAUUUUGUGGUGUAUAACUUUCACAUUUUAGUACGUAAUACGUAUUUUGAAUCUUUAAAUUAUCUUGAAACUUAAAAGAAAAUUGUUCGUUAAAAAUUCACUGAAAAUCGGUAGCUAAAAUUGUUUGUUUAGGUGUUAUUUAAUUUUCGUGUUAAUUUGUAAUUUCGUCAGUUGCCGGCAUCUUCUGUUGCUUCACACAGGAAAAACACACGAUACGAAAAGUAAUGAUCGAUUUUGUCCUCAAUCUCACGCUAUAACAGAAAAAGCUUUUGAACAUCUGUAAACUCUGUGCGCUUCGCAGUAAGUGAUAUUUUCAAUUAAUCUUCGGAUUGUUUUCAAGUUCAAGGAUUGUGAAUUACAAUUUUAUGAAAAACGAAGGUUUUUCUGUUAUUUCAGUGUGAAUCCUUGCAUGCCUGCCAGUCGCUGGCGCCGCUUGUCGAAACUAAAACGAAAAAAAAAAACUCUUUUAAGAUUAUCAUUGGCUUCUUUUUCACCCCACCACUAUUCUUAGCAACAAAGGUCGCCAUUUUGUUUGUUUAUUGCUCGCCAAAAACUAUCAAAUGCACUCAAAAGCCUAAAAUCGAUCGUAUCAAUAACUCGCUCUUGCGCAUGCGCGCAAUUCACGAGUUAAAAAGGCGCUUUAUAUUGAUUUGAAUGAAAAUAACACUUACCUUUCAGUUUAUGCAUUACGUACUUUGACGGUUGUGGUUUGAUUUUUAUGAAAAUCAAAAUAACUCAUUUUGUGUUUGUAGGAAGUGGCAUUAUCUGGAUGGAUAACGUGAAUUGUCUUGGUUAUGAGACAUCUCUUACCCAGUGUAGACAAAUUGGCUGGGGUCUGACCAAUUGUGACCCAUUCCACGGAGAAGAUGCCGGAGUAGUAUGUGAUAAUACAACAGUAGAGGAAAUUAGCAAUAACUACUGUAGAAGGGUCAACGACGGAAAGUGUGAAGAUAAAAAGGUGCAAGACAUUUCUUAUUCUCAUAAUAUUCUCAUUAAAACUUUCCGGUGGGUUAAUCUUGUUCAUGUAUAUGAACUCAAAAUCAUUGUAAAUGUUCAUUCUCUCUGUCUUCCAGGAGUGUGAUUUGGUCAACGGUGUUACUUGCGUGAAUCUUAAUUUUCUCGAUCAGAAUGGUGUAGAGGAGUCAGUUUGUCUUCAAUGCCCUGAUGGUACAGCUGGCGAUGGUAGAGAAUGUCGAGGUACGCAGCAUUCCCUCGUCUUCCCCUCCAUUCCUCACCUCCAUCCCUCCCCUCUAUCCCUCCCCUUAUCCUUCCAUCCCACCCUUUCCCUCCCCUCCAUCUCUCCACUUAUCCUUCCAUUUCCCCCUUUCCCUCCCCUUAUCCUUCCAUCCCACCCUUUCCCUCCCCUCCAUCCCUCCCCUUAUCCUUCCAUCCCACCCUUUCCCUCCCCUUUCCUUCUAUUCCACCCUUUCCCUCCCCUCCAUCUCUCCCCUUAUCCUUCCAUUUCCCCUUUCCCUCCCCUCCAUCCCCCCCCUUAUCCUUCCAUCCCACCCUUUCCCUCCCCUCCAUCCCUCCCCUUAUCCUUCCAUCCCACCCUUUCCCUCUCCUCCAUCUCCCUUAUCCUUAUCCUUCCAUUUCCCCUUCCAUCCCCCCCUUAUCCUUCCAUCCCACCCUUCCCUCCCUCCAUCUCUCCCCUUAUCCUUCCAUCCCACCCUUUCCCUCCCCUUUCCUUCUAUUCCACCCUUUCCCUCCCUCCUCUCCCCUUAUCCUUCCAUCCCCCCCUUUCCCUCCCUCCAUCCCUCUCCUUAUCCUUCCAUCCCACCCUUUCCCUCCCCUCCAUCUCUUCCCUUAUCCUUCCAUCCCACCCUUUCCCUCCCCUCCAUCUCUCCCCUUAUCCUUCCAUCCCACCCUUUCCCUCCCCUCCAUCCCUCCCCUUAUCCUUCCAUCUCACCCUUUCCCUCCCCUCCAUCUCUCCCCUUAUCCUUCCAUCCCACCCUUUCCCUCCCCUCCAUCCCUCCCCUUAUCCUUCCAUUCCAUUCCACCCUUGCCCUCCCCUCCAUCCCUCCCUUUAUCCUUCCAUCCCACCCUUUCCCUCCCCUCCAUCCCUCCCCUUAUCCUUCCAUUCCACCCUUUCCCUCCCCUCCAUCUCUUCCCUUAUCCUUUCAUCCCACCCUUCCCCUCCCCUCCAUUCCUGCUACCCUACCAAACCUUCCUCUCUCUCUAUCCCUGCUACUCUUCCUUCAUUUUUCCCUUAAUGCCUUAAUGUACUUACUACCCUCAUCCCUCUCUCCGUCACCUUCUCUUACGUCGAUCUCUUCGUUAUCAGUUUCUCCCUUCAUUACCCAUGCAUGUCUCCAUCCGUGACCCUUAUCCCCGUCCGUUCAUUUAUCACUCCAUCCUUCCGCCUCCCCUUUCGUUAAUAGCACAAGCAAAUAGUAAGUGAUGUAUUUUUCUUCCACAUUUAGCUAUCGCGUCCAGUCCUCCAAUAUUCGAGGAUUUUCCACCGAGUAGGAAAGAAGCCAAUGCAGAUGAUGUGAUAAGCUUACCGUGUCGCUCGAAACCUCCUCGGGUUUAUCCAACCGUGCGGGACUGGCGAAAAGACGGAAAGCCCCUCCUAGAAGAGGAUACAACUUCUAAUCGUAUCACCUCGAGUGGUGGUCAGCUGCUAAUUAAAUCAGCCACAAGGGAAGAUAGUGGAAAUUACACGUGCAGUCUUGUUAACAGUGCAGGAAAUGUUACCAGUAACAGCUCUCAAGUCAUAGUCAAGGGCAAGUCUCAUUUUACUGACUGAUAUUUGUUUGUUUACACUAAAGGUUUCUAUUUUCGUCACGGGUAGUAAAUACAACAUAAUUCUUUCUUCUUUUUGCUGUUGCUAUGGAUCGAGAUUUUUUGACGAACGUAUCUUUUAUGUCCAUUGAUGACGUGGUGCUGUAAGGACAACAGUAAACAGUUUAAUGAUUUUAGAUAUAUGAAAUUCAUAUAUUUGCACUGCAGUGAAGAAACGAAUUUACGAGAUCCUCGCAGCUAAGAACACUACUGAACUAGUAGUUGAAAUAGGACCUGAAAAAAAUUCGGGCCCGUACGGGAUUUGAACCCAUGACCUCUGCGAUACCGGUGCAGCGCUCUACCAACUGAGCUAACAAGCCAACUGGUAGCUGGUCAAUAUGUUGGGUCCAAACAGUAAACAGUUUAUUUGAAUAGAAUGCAGAAGUAAAAUCAAAGAAUGCAUUCUCCCUCUUGGCCUAGUAUAAAGAUGUCGCUUGAACGGCUUCUCGUUUUGAGUUCUUCUUCAUCACUCAGCGAGAGAUUUCUUUAUUUCAACUAGUAUAUUGUUCCUCCUUAACAGAGGCACCGCGAAUACUUGGAGUCGUGUCAACGGAUGUCAGAAGGGGUGAUGAUGCGCUAUUGGGCUGUGUUGUGUCCAGUUUUCCUCCAAGCAAUAUAACAUGGACGUUAAAAGGAAAGACUCUGGAAUCCUCAGAUAAAUACGAGUUUUUAGAUGACACCUAUACUCUUAAAGUGAAGGAAGUGAUGUUUGAAGAUGCUGGUUUAUACGAAUGUUCUCUUAUGAAUGAACUAGGAGAAGCCCGUGCUAAUGCUACCCUCACUGUGGGGCGUAAGUAUUAUUGAUGUGUUCACUGAAUUGUUCUGAUGGAUUUUACUCUCUUAAAUGCCAGUUUUUAUUCAGCCAGCAGAAGUGAACAAGUGCAUCAGAGGGUAGAAAUCCUUCUUUUUAAAGCUCGUUAGCGAGUACAGAUUUGAUAUGGGCAUGCGAGUGAAACGUAGCAGUAAUUUCUAAGUACACGCAUUAAGGCAACACGAGGAAGCCUGAUACAACAUCAUUCACUCUCGAUGGGUAUUGUGGGAAAAACCCACUAAAUACAAAGUGGCUUGCACCCUUUCAUAAUCCUUUAACAGUUUUUUCAAAACCUGCUCGAAGCAGGUAGCAUUCUAGUAAGUUGAAUUUUUCUCUGGUCAGUAGAUCCUCGCAUGUAUCUUUCUGAGAACACUCACCAAUAGAUCGCUUAGUGUUCAACGGACUGUUUAAAAAAAUAUGGAGAUUUAAGGUCAUUUUCAAUCCUUUGUAGUGACUGUCGAGUUCCAAGUCUUUCCAACAAACACUGUCGCGAAAGCAAAAGGAGAAACAGAAAAUUUCGAUUGUAAAGUGACUGGAGUUCCCAUCCCUCAAAUUGCUUGGAAGAAGGAUGGUGAAUUGUUAAUGAAUGACAGUAAACACGCCAUCACUACAGAUAUCUUGGUCGAAAAGAAUACUGUCACAAGCAGGUUAUUAAUAAAGGACUUGAGCGAGGAAGACAUCGGGAUUUAUUAUUGUAUAUCAUGGAAUCGUGGCGGUAUUCGUCUCACCAAGGCGAGCCUUUUGUUACCUGGUAAGUAUCUUAUGUUGGUGCUGGCAAAAUGUAUUAUCUGUAAUCAUAUGCAUGUAUCAAAAAGAUAGAAUGUACACCAUUAAUCUUCUUAACUCUCCCUCCCUUAAAGUGCAAGGAUUACGUAACUGAAGGUAAGGUAAGGUAAGGUAAGGUAAGGUAAGGUAAGGUUGGAGCAUUUUAUUAACACCCUAUGAUUUAAGCAAGGCCGUUCGAAUUUUUGAAAUUCAGUGAAGGCUGUUAAUACCUGAAGGAUACUUUACCGAGCUUAUACCACGUACUGUAGGUUGCAACGUGAACUGUAUUUUGUCUUGUGCGAAUCAGUAUUUUCACAAACAAUUCUCGAAGCGCGCGCCGGUAAUGUUAUCUGCUUGGUUACUUGUUUUUUAUUUUAACAUUUCUGUCUUGGCAUAUCCUCAGGUCCACCAAUUAUCACUAUUCCUCCAGAGGACGUUCAUAUUCUCUCACGAGCUAACGCUUCUUUCCUUUGUGAUGGUGUGGGUUUCCCAAAUCCUUCGUUAACGUGGCUCAAGGAUUCUAAACCUAUUCAGCAGUCGAAGAGAGUUCUGAUAACGGAGGAAAAUGCACUCUGGGUACUUAGUGCUACUGUCCAUGAUGUUGGAAUAUACACCUGCGUGUAUGAAAAUAAGAAUGGCGAAGUCAGCGCAUCAGCUUCGCUUUUUGUAGAUGGUAUUGCACCAGGAAAACGUAAGUCUACAACUUGAGGGGUAGAAUGAAUUGAGUCGGGCUGGGUAGGGGUUAGAUUUAAGGGUGGGAAGAUAAUUGAGUCGAGGAAGAGGGUGGAACUGGGCAAGUGGAAAAGAUGGCAUAGAAUAGAAUUGGCUGGGAUGCGAUGGAGAAUGGAAGAGUAAGGUAAGGCCGCAGAGAAAAGUAAGUUGGGUUUGAUUUGGGAACCGUGGACAGUGCAGAUAGUGGUGACCAAAAAAAGGUUCUUGAAAAAGUUUGUUGUAGGGUCAUAAGAAACUAGAAGACACUGGGUUUCUUACUUAAUUUACCCUAUCUUUUUUCUUUUCAAACAGAAUCCGUGUCGCCGCCUUUAGCAUCCAAGCGACCGAUCUCGACUGGGACAAUAGUGGCUAUUGUGGUGAUUCUGGUUGUCGUUUUUGUUGUCAUCGUUGGUAUCGUGUUGUAUCGCUACUGUCGAGCACGUGAUCAGGCCUUCAAGUUUUCAGUGGAUGAUAGUAAUCUGAAACCAUCUCUUCGCUCACGGGUCAAAAAGGCCAUGGGAAAGAACCACUCUGCCAAUCUGUACUACAAUCAUAGCCAAGAUGAAAUUAAUUUUGACGACAGUAGACCGUUUGCGGACCAGGACGAACUCUGAUGAAUUUAAUUGGAAGAGUUUGACAGCUGUCACGCCAGAAGACUUACAAACAAUAUUUACGAAUUGAAGUUGUGCUUACAGUCAUCAUGGAGAAUGACAAUAAGCAACUUUGUAUAUGAAAUACUUGUUAAUCAAACCCUGUUCAUUAACUUUGUGUAAAAUGUCUUAAAUGUUUCCGAUUUAGGGGUCACAUUAACAAAUACAUUGUAUACUUGGGAUAUGGUAAGAUGUACCCUAGAGGUUACGAUUUCUUUGCCCCCUGAGGUAAAAUUGAACAACCUCAGGUUUUAUCCCAAGUUGGGAUAGACUAAAUUUUAUCCUUGGGGUUACAAACUACACCUCAUGGAUAUUACGAGGAUUCAGGUUACUAUGUGCUCAGGGUAGCAGACCAAACAUUUAACCGGCCUAGUGAGGAAAGGGGUGAACCCUGGGAAGAAAAGGUUGGAUGUAAGAGUUAGAGGUACAAUGUCGCUCGUGUAUAGGACAGAAAUCGCAGGGUAUGGGAUCACUGUGGUACGGCUAGUAAAGAGUGAAGACUGAUAUACGUUUAUUCUUCGAGGAUGAGGGUUUUCUUAUGGAUAAAGGUGUCUUGAUUCCCAUCAGGACAAGUUAUCGAUGGCAGGCAGAUAAUCGCAUUAUAUCAUGAUUUAUCGAUACUAGUUACUAGUUAUUAAUCUAUUGUUCUUUUAGUUGAAGAUUCAUAAAUUUUCAUUCAGAGACUCGCAGAUCAAAUGCUCCUUCCCCCUCGAUAAUGUCAUAUGCGCGGGAUUUUUGGAGAUUUUACAAAGGUUUACUGACUGCUUAUUUAAAAUUAAUCAUUUUUGUUUGUUUGUUUGU